AUGGUGAUUACUGACGAAGCAGUAGCCGAAACUGCCACUACCGGCGCGACACCAUCGCCUGGCGAUGGGAUCGCGGCUGCACCGAGCGCACCGAGUCAGGUUCUACGCCUUUUGAGGGAGAUCAACUCCUACAGUGAAGCAUGCAUCAAUGGCCAGAAAGAGGCAAGAUUUAAACUUGUCAAUGCAGCGGAGUCCUUCGUCCACGCUCUGGAAACACCUAGUGAGACCAUGAUGCGGCACUGUGUGGCUCAGUGCACCGCGUAUGCAUCGGUUGAGGCCUGUAUCCUUCUAGGGGUAUUUUCGCUAUUAGCCUCUAGCGAUGAUCCAAAACCUGCUAGGGAUCUUGCAGAAGCUACUGGGGCAGAUGAACAAUUGCUGGGACGUCUGCUGAAGGAUUUGGCUGCAAUGGGGGUGUUCACGGAGGCUGGUCCGGAUGAGUACUAUCGCAACGGCCUCUCAACAGCGAUGUGUAUGAAGCAAUAUAGCGAUGUGUGGCUGUUCAUUCAGUUCAACAACCUCAUGUCCACAUACCACCAAGGCCGACCUAGCUGUAUAGAAGAGGGAUUCUACCCAGUGCAUGAUAACCUAAUCCAAGGGGCACGAGACGGCAAGAAUGGUGUCUUUCUUGUUGAUCCCGGUGCCCCGGGCCGACUGGUCUUGCAGGAUUUGCCAACGGUCCUGGAUGAUAUUGUAACACUGGACCUAUCAAUUGAGCGGAUGGCGCAUAAUUUCUUCGCGGUUCAGCCGGUGAAAGGUGCGCGAGCCUAUUCUCUUCACAGUGUCCUACAUAACUGGAACGAUGAGGACUGCCAGACUAUUCUCUCCAGACUUGUGGCUUCUAUGGCACCUGGAUAUAGCAAGAUUCUGAUCAAUGAAAUUGAUAUCCCUAAGACCGGAGCGCAUUGGGAGGCAACCGCUAUGGACAUCUUGAUAACAGUACAUCUUGCCGCAGGGGUGCGGACUGAACAGCAGUGGCACCAGCGUAUCGAGUCAGUGGGGCUCAAAGUUGCCAAAAUUUGGCACAGGGUGGGCAGCGUUGCGAGCUUGAUUGAGUGUGAGUUGGCGUGA